AUGUGUUACGGUUAUGACUCUUAUUAUGGAACACCAGUUGUUGCUUCUCCAGUAGUUGCUUCACCAGUUGUUGCUACUCCAGUAAUGCAUGGAAAAUCAACAAUGUCAUAUCGUUCAGGAUUUGCAAAAACGUUGAGACAAAUUUCCAGUAUUUCAUUAAAAUCUACUCGUCCACUAACAAUAAGAACAUUGACAUAUUUUAAUAAAAAUUUACAACUUUCAAACACUAUAAAGCCUGUUCUUUAUAAUGAACAUUCAAGAAAUAUUCAUUUGUCUCCAAUUUUUCUUUCUGAAACUGUCGUAAUUGAGGGACCUGCAUUUGCUGAGUCUAUCUCUGAAGGUGAUAUCAGAUGGAUUAAGGCAGUUGGAGAUUUUGUAAAUGAGGAUGAUUUAGUUGCAGAAAUUGAAACAGAUAAGACAUCAGUUGAAGUUCCUGCUCCUAGAGCUGGAACUAUCGUAAAGUUUUUAGUUCAAGAUGGUGAAAAAGUUGGACCAAAGCAAAAACUUUAUGAACUUCAACCUGGUAAUGCUAGUGAUACUGCCCCAGCUUCUAAAAAGGAAGAAGCUCCUGUUAAAGAAAAAGCUGCCCCAACUAAAAAAGAAGAGGAACCUAAAGAGGUUAAAAAUAUUCAGGAUACUUUUGUAAAGUCUAAUGCUGGUACUAUUCCUAAAUCUGCUCCUAUUACCUCAAAACCAUCCUCAACACCAAUGUCAAGUGUAAAUGUUUCUGGAAUUGAGAUUAACAAACUUCCAUCUGGAGUUACAUCUGAACAAUCUGUAUCAGGAUCAAGAGAAGAAUUUAGAGUUAAAAUGAAUAGAAUGAGACUUAGAACAGCAGAAAGAUUGAAGAAUUCACAAAAUGAAAAUGCAAGUUUGACAACAUUUAAUGAAAUUGAUAUGUCAAAUGUUAUGGAAAUGAGAUCCAAAUAUCAACAACUUUUUACUAAAAAACAUGGUAUUAAACUUGGUCUUAUGUCUCCAUUUAUCAAAGCAUCAGCAUAUGCUCUUACAAAUCAACCAAUCGUAAAUGCUGUUAUUGAUCAAGGGGAUAUUGUUUACCGCAAAUUUAUAGAUAUUUCUGUAGCUGUUGCCACCCCAAAAGGUCUUGUUGUACCUGUUAUAAGAAAUGUUGAAGGAAUGAAUUAUGCUGAUAUCGAAUAUACUUUAUUUAAAUUAGGUGAAAAGGCUCGUGAAAAUAAGAUUGCUGUUGAAGAUAUGGAAGGUGGUACUUUUACUAUUUCUAAUGGAGGUGUAUAUGGAUCACUUUUCGGAACACCAAUUAUUAACCCACCACAAUGUGCAAUCUUAGGUAUGCAUGGAAUUUUUGAUAAACCAGUAGCUGUAAAUGGAAAAGUUGAAAUUCGUCCUAUCAUGACUGUUGCCCUUACAUAUGAUCACAGACUUAUUGAUGGAAGAGAGGCUGUUACCUUCUUAAAAACUAUCAAAUCAUCAGUCGAAGAUCCAAGAGUUAUGCUUAUGAAUCUUUAG